GAGCUGCGCAGUGGACAGUCAGCUGACACUUGUGACCAACCAGCGGGUGUAACAUCUCACCAGGAGAGACCAGGGACCCGAACGGAGACAGAAGCCUCCCUCCGUCCCCACGAACCGGAGCGGCCGCGGGCAAACGGACCGCUGCGACACCCGACGCCCGGCCACGUCUCCUCGCCUCCCGCAGGAUGAGCGUCGGCGCCGCGAGAGGCCUGGCGAGCUCGGGGCAGAAGCCCAUCGCGGAGAUCCUCCACCCGCUGUCCGCCGCCGAGGAGCCGCUCUCCCCGGGGCCAGAUGUCAGCGUCACCGGCAGCGCCAGCGUCGGAGGAGAAAAGGAAGCCGGCUUGACCAACGGCACGCCGGUGGAGACGUCGAGUCCCGCCUCCGCGUCCUCGCUGUUCAACCGGCUGCAGCUGGACGACGACCUGGAAGCGGACGCCCGCGACCCCUACGCCGCCUCGGAAACCCGCGACCUCUUCGUCACGGUGGACGACCCCAAGAAGCACGUGUCCACCAUGGAGACCUACAUCACCUACAGAGUCUCCACCAAGACGACGCGGAUAGAGUUCGACCUGCCUGAAUACUGCGUGCGGCGGCGCUACCAGGACUUUGACUGGCUGAGGAUCAAGCUGGAGGACAGCCAGCCGACCCACCUCAUUCCCCCGCUGCCAGAGAAGUUUGUGAUGAAAGGCGUCGUGGAUCGUUUCUCAGAAGAGUUUGUGGAGACGCGGAUGAAGGCUCUGGACAAGUUCCUAAAACGAGUGGCCGAUCAUCCCGUCCUCUCCUUCAACACUCAUCUAAACGCCUUCCUGUCUGCCAAGGACCUGAACAAGCGUCAGGGCCUGGCGCUGCUCAGCAAGGUGGGCGAGUCGGUGAAGCACGUGGCCGGAGGCUACAAGCUGCGGGCGCGACCGGCCGAGUUCUGCGCCAUGGGAGAAUACCUGGACACCUUCAGCCAGAAGCUGGGGACCAUCGACCGCAUCGCCCAGAGGAUCCUCAAGGAGCAGUCAGAGCACCUGACGGAGCUGCGGGAGUACGGCGCCGUCUACUCCAGCUGGGCGGCGGUGGAGGACGAGCUGCGGCGCCCCCUGGAGGGCGUGGCCGGCUGCGUGACGACGUGCUGCGGCGCCGUGGAGGAGCUCAGCGACAGCAUGAGCCAGGACUUCCUGCCUGUGCUCCGAGAGUACGUGCUCUACAUCGAGUCCAUGAAGAAUGUUUUGAGGAAGCGAGACCAGAGCCAGGCGGAGUACGAGGGGCGGCUAGAGGCGGCCAUAUUGCGCAAACAGGAGGACAGAGCGCCUAUCCCGCUGGAAGUGGAGAAGUGCCAGGACAAAGUGGAGUGCUUCAACGCUGAUCUGAAGGCAGACUGGGAGCGCUGGCAGAGCAACAAGAGGCAGGACUUCAAGCAGCUGCUCACAGGCAUGGCUGACAAGAACAUCAGCUACUAUGAAAAGAGCCAGGCAGCGUGGGAGUCCCUCAUAACGCUCCUGCAGGAUAAACAGACUGAGGACAAAACGAGCGAGACGAACUGAAACGUCCCCACCUGUAGCGGUCCCCUGCCUCGCUCGCCCGCCCUCUCUCCCUCUGUCUGCGUCACGCGCUCGCUCAUGCCAAGGAUAACGGACCAAGCGGGCAGCAGCUCGGACCUGCUGGACUUUGCCCCUGUUCUCCGGUGCGGUGAUUGCACAGAGGGAGGGCAGUCGUCUCUCUUGGGCGUCCAACCUGCAAACGGAGGUAAAGCGUGGUGCGUUCGAGGACAGUUGGGAAAGAGGAGAGACCAACCCAUGUACAGGCCUUUUGUUGUUUGUUUUUUGUCAUUGUUCUUAUUGACUUUUUCUACUUUAUAUUUCCACCUAAGAGUCGGUUGCCAGUACGCAUUUCAUUUUCAUAUUGAGGCAAAUGUGAAGGACAGCUCUUAAAAUAUUUUGAAGGCAGAUGCUGAUAUUUUGGAGUAUAUAUUUUUUUCUAAAUAUUCAGGACUUCCCCACUUUUCUGUGACAAUAAUAUUAAAGCUGUCCACUGUAACUCAGCUCAUAAAAGUCUGAAAUGCACCGUGAUGGCUGUAGAUCAGAAGCCACUAUCUUAUGCUUGAUAGAAACCGUCAUGUACCUUAUUUUUGCAUGCUUCAGCCCAGAAACCCUCAGAAGUUCAUGAGCGCCUGCUAUUUCUCCUGCGCCCGUAGUUUGUACUUCACUAAAAGGGACAGACGUGGGCCUGAGAGCACUGAAGUGGAUCUCGGUAACAAAGGGAAGCUCCGGGACGUGUUUGUUUGCUAUGUUUGGCCCGCGUCCUUUGCAUAUGAAGGCAAAACUGCACUUAACGGCGACGACACAGGCCAGUUAGCGUUGAGCAGCGCCGCCUGGUGGUCAAACGUAUAGUUUUCCUUUUGUUUGAAAACCGUGCGCUACCUCUUGGUUUCCCCUCAUCUCAUUGUGUUUCACCAGUGGGGGCUUCUUCCCAGUAAUGGUUUACUGGUUAACCAGUGAUGCACACUGUAAGGGAAUCCCUUUAAAUAAAUUAAAACAAUCACAUGAAGAAUGCUUUAAAGUCAGAUGUGUUUUGUUUAUGUUUUUUUGCUGUGAUAAUAAUCAGAAAUUCAAAUUUAAAUGUUUGAAUUUGAGGCCAAACGCUGCACGGGAACAGUAUCACACACAGCUGUCUAGUGAGCUUCUAACUUCAAUAUUUAAGCAUCUGAGAAAUGCUCGGCCUUUAUCCCUUAACACUGCAUAUGAUCCUACAGUAACCGUGAAGGAGUGAAUGACUUGGUAAACUGUGGGACUCGUGGGACUCUUGAAGCAGUAGCAGAGCAGCACGUACGACCAGCAGCGCUUUUGCAUCAUACUAGUUUCCUGUUUUCUUUGCCGUGUGUGUCGCUGCCUUGCCUUUUGUGGGGAAAGUCCAUUCUGAGCUCCUCCGUGAACUCAGACCUCGAACCUGCAGCAGGGUCUUUAUUAUUGCAAUGAUUUCCAAGGGACAUGUUUUAAGUAUUACUUUGAGCAUUUGGUCAAAUGUGGAGUUGACAUUCAGUCAAACACGGAGUAGAAGUAGUACUGUAGUAGUACAGAGUAGUGAAACCCGGACCAAGCCAGACCCAGUCAUCCGACACCUUCCCAGAACCACACUGUAGCUCUGUUCUUCCACCAUCAUCAUUUCUCUUUAAAGCUUAAUUUUAUUUAUUGACUGAAUUUUCUUGAUUAAAAGUGCUGAUUUGACUAUUGAGAAGCCCGAUGCUUUGUUAAACCUGAUUGUGUUUUUACUAUUUGUUCUUAGCUUAUGCUACUUUUCUGAGCCUGCCCAGUGUGUAGCCAAAAUGUGAGCGCGAUACGGUAAAAUGAAGUGACUGUGUCUUCAUGCAAGCUAAUUAGAGAACUUCUCUUUUUGAAUGUCUCCAUUCAAAGCUGACAGCCGAGAGGGCACACUUGAAUCAUAUUGUGUUUUUGUUUUGGAAUAAAGCCAGUUGGAGUGAGAGGAGACGCUCUGGUCCAGUGUUAUGGCAGCUACAGAUGCACCGAAGCUAAAAUGACCUAUUACCCCUAGAAACUACACAGUCCCAGAUGAGGGAACUCAAAACAAGCCUUCAGUGCAUUCAUUUAAUGGUACUCUAGAACCUCCUACCACUGGUAGUGAGGUCCCGCUGUAUCUGUAGACUCACCUGCUAUGUGGUUUACUAGAAGUGACUAUUCUGCUUCACUCACUAAUUGUCUGUUCAGUAUAUCCUGGUGGCUCCUGCAUCAUACACGCUACAGCUGAGUGGUCACUGCGGUGCAUUAACAUCUUUACAAGGGACUGAAGAUUUGCACUAGUUUGAGGUAUUUGGCACAACUAAGUUUUGUAAAGCUCAUUGGAACCCUGGCAAUAGUUUCUCUAUUUGUUAAAAUGUCUUUGUAACCUUUUCGGUGCCUGUACUUUUACUUUUACUAUGAAGUGGCUCCAUCUUCUGGCAGAAACGUCAGCUGACAAAUUAAAUGGAAAACCUUAAAUAGCUUUCUUUAAGUUGCCAAAAAGGACAAACAUGUGAAAUGAUCAUAUUGAGAUCCUAUUUUUUGUUUUAGUUGAUUAUUUCAGGUAAAGAGAGGUAUCAUCUGCAAAGCUGAUUCAAGUUAAAUCCCCAAACAAGAACCGCCACGUUUUUCUUUUUUUUUCCCUAAACGUACAAAUAUUUCCAGCCCCGUUUCUGCCGCUUGUCUUCUUCACACGAGAAAGAUAAAAAUCAGUACGAAGGGUUAAAAUUUCAAAUGACGUCUGAACUGGAGCCUGUUUCACUCCCUUCAACGCCAGCGUGUACUGUUUACGUUCAGUCCUCAUUGUACAUUUCGAUGUGAAGAACAUCUUGUAUUUAAAAAUAAACUUGUAUAUUGA